AUGGCUUCUCAUCCCGGAGAUUUGCUUCGCCGUCGUCCAUUUCCUCUGCUUUCAAUUCGACCAAAUCCAAGGUGUUAUCUCUUAUUUAUCUUCAAUCAGAGUACUGGAACUCGGUGGUUCAGUGGCAGAACCGAGUCAGCUCGGGCCGAGUUCACCUCAGAGAACGCCUAUGAGGUCUUAGGCGUUUCAGAAACCAGCUCAUUUGCCGAAAUCAAAGCGUCUUUCCACAAAUUGGCGAAACAGACUCAUCCGGACCUCGCCGAGUCCAAGAACGAUUCCGAUGCUUCUCGCAGAUUCGUGCAAAUCCUCGCCGCCUAUGAGAUUCUUUCAGAUUGCGAAAAGAGGGCCCAUUAUGACAGGGACCUGUUAUCUCAGAGAAAUUUUAUGCAGAAAAAUUCUGGGUGCGGCAUGACAUUGCACAUGUACAAGCGUCAUCUAACUACAUAUAAGCGGAUGGAAGUUGUUGAAUGGUUGAAGUGGUAUAGACUUGCUAUAAAUGAUGUGCUGUCAGAGAGGAAGGUGGUUGUUGGAACAGGUUAUUUUGAUGUUCUUGAGGGAGAUUUUUAUUCAGCCAUACAUGCGGCGUACUAUGGCCCUCUAAUUGAGUCUAUGGACCUUCUUCCUGACUGUUUUGAAGCUGAAGAGAGAUCUGUGUAUGAAACUCCAGAGGUGCUGCAUUUGGUUUCAGGCCGUGAUCUUUUUGGGAUGGUCUGCCUGGUCAAUAUAGUUCCAGAGUUAUCAUCUUACAGCAAUAAGAAAUUAAGUUAUUCCACAUCUGCUGGUUUGGGGAUUUGUCAAUCUGUUCAGGACUUGAGCAUCUGCAUGAAUUCUGGUGGUGUUGAUGAUGCUGGAAAUGCUCAUGUGCGAACCUGGGAUGUUACAGAUGAAACAUCAGAUGCAUAUAAAGAUUUAGAAUUGCAUAUAUCUGGGAGGGUGGUUGCUACAGCCACCAGAGCCCCUCCAAAAAGCUACUCUGAUGGGAUGCAGAAUGAAGAGUCUGAUCACAUUCAUGUAUUUCUGAGCUCUAAUGAAAAUCCUGUCCAUACCAGCGAAGGGUUUACUGAAGAUUCUUUUUCAGGUGCUGCCGUUGGAUCGAGGAUUCUAUUGGGAACUAUAACCGGAUUAGGGACUAGCUCAGAAGAAGGGUCUUGCCUUGUCUACAAUAGCAGUGGUACCAAAACCCAUGUGAUUAUGAAGCAUAGAACAUUGCUGGUGAAACACAUGUUUUGGUAUGAAUUGGGAGAAAAGGUUUCUGUUUGUGAGUGUAGAUGCAGUAGAGCCCGGUUACCACCAAGCAAAUUUUGGCUGUUUGAGCCUCGCUGUGGCGUGCAUGAUAUAGGUGGUUGGUAUAUUGAAACUUUUGGUAGAGAUAAGAAAGGCCGGAUGUUGCCAUCACAACGGUAUUGGGAUGGCUUUGAUGCAGGCAAACAAUUUGAACAGAGACUCCAUCCUGCAAUGUAUCUUCUUGCUCUUGCAUAUCGAACUUUGGAUCUUGAAGAUGCAAAAAGAAGGAAAAGUGCAUUCAGGGAUGUUGUUGACAAACGGAUUUUUAAAUUUCUCAAUUGGUGCAAAAGACUUGUUUAG